AUGUUGAUAAUAAUUAUAUUAUUUUUCCCCAUUUCCCCCAUUUCCCCAUUAUUUCAUAUUUUAUAUUUUAUAUAUUUUAUAUUUUCAUUUUCAUAUUUUUUUUUUUUUUUUUUUUUUUUUUUUUACAUUUUCAUUUUCAUUUUCAUUUUCAUUUUCAUUUUCAUUUUCAUUUUCAUUUUCAUUUUCAUUUUCAUUUUCAUUUUCAUUUUCAUUUUCAUUUUCAUUUUCAUUUUCAUUUUCAUUUUCAUUUUCAUAUUUUAUAUAUUUUAUAUUUUAUAUUUUAUAUUUUAUAUUUUAUAUUUUAUAUUUUAUAUUUUAUAUUUUAUAUUUUAUAUUUUAUAUUUUAUAUUUUAUAUUUUAUAUUUUAUAUUUUAUACUUUAUAUUUUAUACUUUAUAUUUUUAUCUCUUAUUCAACUCUGUCCGCUCCUUGCUCCAUUUCAAGGUUUGUCUUUAAACUUGGGCGUAAAACCCUUUUUUCCCUUUUUUCCCUCUUUUUCCCUUUUUUUUUGACUUUAAUAAUCCCCCAAUCGUGCACCAAAAGUGCACUCUGGGUGUAUAGUAAAGGAUACUCCUGGCACUAUCAUGGCCUGACCACCAAAGACCGGACUUGCACCAAAUAUAAAACCGGCGGACAACUACAGAAAAGUCGCGAGACCCGACACCCCGCCACAACGCCACCGACGGCACAGUCGCCCCCCCUCGCUUGGGUCCGCAGCUCACAUUCACGAAAAAUUGUUUAUUUUGUCCCGACACAUGUAGUUCCAUGCACAGCUGAGGUUUCUUUGGAGGGCUGUUUGAGGGUGCGAUGCGGCGUCAGAGGUGGUCAGGAAGGGUCAGAGAGGUGA